UUUCAAUAUACAUUCUGAUCAUCUGUGGUAUCACUAUCUUUUUGAAUGUUACAAUUCUCGUUUCGUCGUUUGUUUUCCUAGCUAAUUCAACUAUAGGAUUCGGUCAGCUUUGGUGAUGCAAAAUCUUAUCAGUCUCAUUAACAGUUAUUCCUAACGAAAUCGAAUCCUCAGCAUAUUGGAUAUUAGGAUGGUCGGGAUUUUUCACUUAACUUCCAAUGCUUACCUCUGAUGAUGUAGAACUGGCAUUGGAUUGCGGGGAAACGGUGGGUAUAUUUCAGCUUUGCGCUACACUCACUCAUGUUCACUGACUGAUGUGAUACGCCUGUGUACUUUUCGGCGCAUAAAUGUCAGAUACCAUGAUAUCAGCUAAAUCGGUUGUUGAUGUUUUUCCUCUCGGAUGUCAGUAUUUAUUGGAGUUUUGUCAUGAAGAUAGUAUGCGAAAUGGAUCAAGCACCUCACCAAGUGAUCAGCCUUCUGAUUUCUGGAGAACUUGGGGGUGUGGCGGACUGUUUAAUGAGCUGUAUAUCUCUCGAAAUACUAUCGUAUGGAGCUGUGGGACAGAAACAGCUUGUUCCUUUCCAGAGCUUGUACUCAAUUUCGAUACUCCAAUCAUAGACGCGUUCAAAUCUUCAUUCUUUCUACCUGCUCUUCAUUCUGGUCAGGGAUUUUUGCCUUAUGUAAAUGAGAAUAUACCUGGACGAAUUCAAGAAGGAUUGUCUAUUUUUGAGUCGGAACGGAUGACUUUUAUUGAUGAUUGUGGAGAACACUACACGGUACGGAUUCCAUGUCGUAUAAGAGAGGUUUGGUCUCUGAAUACUCUUAUUCUUCUUGAACGUCAGCCAAAUAAUUAUGAAGUCAGGUUCGACAAUCCUAACACAACACCUACGAGUUCAUGUGCGUUGUUUUCAAUGUUCAGCCUCACACACCCACUUGAUGAAGCUGCUCCUGUUAUCUUAAAAGUUCCUUUGCCUAAUGGAGGCUUUGGAAUAGGUUUCGUCAGUGAUAUACAUCUAAAAGUAAUUGGUGUUAUUGCAUCGCUCAAUUUGGUUAUAACAUAUCACUCCUUAACCAGGUUACAUUCUGUUUGGCUAUUAGAGAAGGCUUCGUCACAUGACUACAUAUAUUUGUAUCAAAUGGAUGCCGAUGGCCGCGCCAGUGUGGCUACACAUGCGUUGACUGGUCUGGUUUAUCAACCUGAAUCUGUGAAGCAUGUUAAAAGUCUUGAUAAAGAUUUGAGUACUUUUGAUGAACAUUCCAUCCAGUGUUCACCAAACUCCACCAUUUGUUUGAGUCCUUUCGCCGCAUCCUUAUCACGUCUAACGAGAACUGAAAAGCAAUCUUUUCGUCUUAAUCAUAGUGGCAAUCGUCGAUCUCCUGGUCAAUCCCUGUCUGCUACUUUUACGCCUACGAACCUCGAUUCUUACAUCAGCCGUCUUUCUAAUGUCACACCUAACAACUUGAGCCAUUUGCAAUGUACAGCCAACAGUCCGUCGGGUUUUCUUUUAAGAAGGGGAUCUCUUGUACAAGCACAGCAGGCAGGAAAUAUUUGCACACCCAAACCAGUAGUUAGCAUUCAAACUCCAAAGCACAACUCAAUCAACAUGACUACAUUACGUGGACGACUCUCUUCUACAAGACUCAAUAUUUAUUCUUCUAAUUUGCAUGAAACUCCUGUUCGAGCCGAAAAGCUCUACACUAUUGAUCCCGAUCAGGUUGAAAAUUUACUAGAUGAGCCACUGCUACCGAAAGUUUGUUUGCGUCUGGUAUGGUCAGAGACUUCUUCUGCGCGAUCGCAUAGUACACUAAAUAACAUUGGUCUUUUCAGUCCAUUAAAUAAUGAAUCCAGUUACAAAAAAGAAAACGUUGGUAAUUUUGUUCCUUAUGUCUCUGAUCUACCGGCUUCCGGUCGUUUUGCUUUGCUAAGUCGUCGUCUACCGAAUUUACCUUUUCGUGCAUCUAAAACUGAAUCACUUAUUUCUAAUAGUCCUAGUACUACGAAAAGUAAAGCUCUUUAUGGAAACUUAUGUAACUCUUCCCAGGCAGUAUCAAAGGAUAAAAAUGUUAUUCUUCCACAACAAAAGUCUGGUCCAGUGAAAGCAAGUGCAUUUUUGGCUGUUGAUAUAACAUCUACCUCGUGGGUUUGUUUUCUUACUGGUACAUCUGUUUCCGGCCGUAGACAGUCCAGAUUAGCUUGUUUGCGCAUAAAUGAUAAAUAUCUUGAUUGCAAGCAGCUUAACGACUCUCAAACAGUUUUUGGUGAUUUAGUUUAUCUUCGAGCCUGUGAUGCUGUGUAUGUGCCUUAUUCACGAAUAACUAUUUGUUUGGAACCUGGAGUUGGCAUAGUUUUAUACACAGGAAUCAAAAAGAUUUGUUUACUUGGUUUAAGUCCACCCCCGCUUCUCAGCAUGUACCUUGGCGUAGGUGGUCCACAAAUCGUAAAAUCAAGGUUGAGACAUGCUGCGUCGAUUGUUGAGAUACCCUUUAUUGUGCGAUCUGAUCUCUUGAACGCUGAACGCUGGCAUCAGAAUACAGUUUAUUCAGUGCUGUCUAAAUGUAUAUCUAUUAUAACUUCAAACCAAUUGUUGAUUGAUCAGUCUUAUACAGUUUCAUCUGGAUCAAAUUCCAAUAAAAAAACCUUUUGUUUUAGCGAACUCUCAAGUGAUCUGGCAAAUUUCAAGGAACUGCGUACCAAUCAGGGUAAUGACCAUCUUUGCGAAACGAACCAUUCAAACGUUGAUACCGAAAAUUGCAGUGAAAUAAAUGCACCGAACAAUCAAUCCGAAGUAAAAUCUAUGGAGAGAAUUUCUUUGUGUGAUCCAGCUGGGAACGCUUUCACGAUAGCAAAUCAAAGUAAAGUUACUGGCGUGGAUAAAUGUGUGGACUCCCUAGAUUCGAAUAAAUUUCUUCGUGUGUAUUUGCCGACCAUUGCAGAAAACGAAAUGGUUCAACGAUGUUUAACGAGUUUGAAUCGUUGUCUACCUGAAGAUGCAAGUCUUCUGCUUUUUGCUCGUUGGUAUGUAAUAUCAAAUGCACCGGGAACGAAAAGUUCAUAUAAAUUCCAAGAACCCGAGACAAGUUAUUGCGACGACACAGAUGAUUUUGGGAUAAACUAUUUUGAUGGACCUGGAGAAUGGAAUCGUUUUGCUAAUUUUAUAUUAUCAGCUUCAGGUUUUUCGCUUUCUCAUCGGUACACUGGAAACAUCGUAUCUUCGGAAUGUCAAAAUAAUGUAGGUCACAUCUUCCAAUCGUCUAAACGCCGUCGACCCGGUCCUGAGGAAUCUUCAGAAUUAGAUUGGAAUAACUUGGCCAGUCUCUUAGAUUUGGGAUAUGAUAAUCAACUAGUCCAUCCAUCUUUGUUUUUACCAAAAUCAACUAAUUUGUUGAUCACGAAAAUGGACUCCGAUAAAAAUCUUUCUUUUAGUGAUCAAAAACAAACCGUUUAUCUAUCAUAUGUUCGUGAUGAUCCUGAUAGUCAUAUUGUUCUUUCUCAUCUACCGACAAUAUUGUUCGCCUUUCAUUUAACAUAUGAGGAAGCUAAAUUGAAUUCCAUUUUACAAGAUAAAGUGAAACAUUUAGCCGAACUCAAUUUCAUCAUUUCAAGUAUAUUGAAUUUGCCCGCUUAUACCACGUUUUAUGAAACUGAGUAUCCAAAUUUGUGUCACAUCACUUUGGUUACUGAAGUUGAAUUUCCAACUAAGUAUUUAAACUGGCCGGAUAAAAUAUCGUUUGAUAUAGCACCUUGCUUGUUAACAUGGGUAACAAGACAGUUUGAAUCAUUAUUUUCUGGUGAGACGUUUGUUAAAAUAAAUCCUUAUCCUUAUGUGACUGGCGUGAAUGAUUUGGCAACUGCCUUAGCAGGAGUGAUCGUUUCAGCUUUAUCCACAGAAAAGUUGGAAGAGCUUAAAAACGCGGAUUCAAAGUCGGCAGUUCAAUAUCUUUUGGAGUUUUGGUCCGAUCAAAUAUUCAAAUGGAAAACAUUCGCAAAGUCAAGUGGUUCAGUUUAUGAAUGUUCAAGGAAAAGAGAUGAUUUUCCUAUAUUUAAUGAUGAAGAAGUCAAACAUUGGCUACAAAAUGCUGGACCUUACGCUUGUUCUUAUGUUGAGACACUUUUAACUUGCGUUACAUUGUCUAGUAAUAAAUUUUCACGUGAAACUGAGUCAACUGCUUUGCCGAUUUCUGCACAACACUUGGCAUUAUUAUUUCUUAGUCGAUUGGAGUCGAGCAGUAAAUUGUUCUAUGGUGUGUUGAGUAAGAGAUUACGUGUACUGCCACCUGGUUUGUCAAUGAUUUUACGUAUUUUUCUUAGCCGUUGUAGGUUGCAUCCUCCUCCUAAUUGUGAUCCUCAUGUGUAUAGUUUGAUGGGACGUACUGAUUUGGCGAAGCAAGCACACAUGUUAGAUCAUCAAGGAAACUCUAUCUUUGAUUCAGUAUUUAAUUGUUCAAACUCUGUUAGUACAAGUUCUGAGCCAAUUAGUCUACUUAAAAUAUUAUCUGUGCCUUCGUCUGUCGGUGAAACUUCUUCCUGGUCUAUCGAAGAACUCUGGUCAAAUUUAGUUCUUCCUCUUCGAGAUAUAGACUCAUUAUCCUCGAAUGUGGCUGCAUCAUCUCAUGCUCUAUUGUACCAUAUAGAAAACAACCCAUGUUGUCAAGCUUCUUUCAAGAAUGAUUUACGUCUUCGUGAAGCAUAUCGACUUCUUCAAAGUUUCAGUCAUAUUCGUCUUCCUCGUCUGAAUUCCGAAGAUCCUGUCAGUACAUCUCCCAACAAUGCCCCUGGAUCUGAUUUAAAUGCUCGUUUGACAGAAGCAAGGUUUGAGAUGCACUUAGCUGCAGCUGGUAUCCGUGUUUGGGCUUCUGUUAUUGGUCGUGGAAUGCUGACUUUUGGAAUCCUUACAGGUUCGAAAGUACCGACACAACUUCGUGUACCUCCAAUAUGUUUGCGUGGUCGAGCGAUUUCCCCAAGCAGUGGAAGGCGUGUUUUGGUUGACCUCGCUCGAGAGCCCCUCGGGCCUGCUAGUGCAAAUGCGGGUACCAACAGAGCUGGAACUGCUGAGGUGAUUGCGAGUGGCUUAGAUAUAGCUGGGGGUAGUGGAGAUAGACUUGGAAUCACUGGUGUCCAGAGUGUUGACGCUUCUAACCAUCCAGGAAAUUCUGUGGCUCUAGCUAUCGCUUCUUCAUUAGCAUCAUGUGGUGCAGGGGCAUCUUUGCGUACUGUAUCUUUAGGACUGAAACGUAUGACACCAAGCAAUAACUUGCUCAACAAUUAUGCCAGUUCCAAUAUAUCCACGACAGCUACAAACUCAGCAUCUUCUACUGCUUCAUUACUGUCUACUUCCAAUAUUCAACAGUCUCCAGGAGUACUGGCUGCAAAGCACUGGCCAGAUUUUCAUAAUGGAGUGGCUAUCGGUUUAAGUGUAUCACCUGAUGCCUCGAUAGAUGCAACAUGGAUUUUAUAUAACUGUCGUGCUGCCGGACUCACAUCCGCUAAUAAUCGUAAAAAUAAUCUUCGUACUAAUCAAGAUUCUCCAUCAUCUACGGACACGUCUAGUCCAGAACAAGCUGGUCUACUUCUUGGCUUGGGUUUAAAUGGUCACUUAAACAAAAUUACACCUUAUGAUAUAGGAGAAUAUCUUGUACGGGUGCAUGACUUGCACAAUAUGGCUGUACUUUUAGGGUUAUGUGCUGGGAGACGAGGUACAAUGGAUCAGUCUGUUUUGCGACUUAUUGCAGUUCAUUAUCGUCCACUUUUGCCAUCCAAUCCUUUGAUUAAUGUCCAACUUAGUGUUCCUAAUUUAUGUCAAGCUGCUGCCAUUUUCGGUCUUGGGUUACUUUAUCAGGGAUCAGCACAUCGACAUAUUACUAAUUUAUUGAUUAAUGAGCUAGGUCGUUCGUUAAGUGAAGAUUCUCAUUCUGAUAGUGCACACUUAGGAUUAAAUGCAGAUACAGACUCCCAGCAAACUGUUUCCAAUGCGUCGAAUAAUAAUCCAACAAAUAAUACCGUCGGCUGGACGGGUGCUGGUGGUUCAGGGGGUUUUGCAGGUGACAGCUGUGAGCUUAUGGCUCUUUCAGCAGGUCUUGCACUUGGGCUUGUACUCCUACAGAGAGGCGAUACACCAUGUGGUUUGUCUGAUCUACAAUGGGCGGAGAAAUUACGUGCGUAUAUGACUUCGGGGCCAAAGAGUACGAAUUCAGCUGUUGCAGAAAAUCAACAAUACACUAUACAUUUCUCAUGUGAUCUGCACGAAAGGUGUUUACCUAUUCAGCACGUGAAAGGUAGAGGUGCUCCUCGUCGACUAAUAGAUCAUUCAAGACUACCUCAUCAGACGAGUGUUGAACCUGUUAGUCCUCAAAAUAAUUUAUCAGAUUCUUCUACAAGAGGUGCUUCUUUCUCUUCAAGUACCUUUCGAACUCCAAGCUUACUGCUGCACAGUGAUUAUUCAACGGAACCUUUAGUUGAUCCAGAGAGAUUUCUAACCAAUGACUAUUUACAUAACUCAAUGGAUAUCAGAGGAAUCUCUUCAUCCAGUCGACAGCCUUCAUCUCGUCGUCGCAGUUCAUCUAAUACUGGUCCUGCAACAUCUCCAACUCUAACAAAUGGCUUUAAUAGAAUUCCAUCUGCCGUUUCUGACCUUGUUGGUCGUUUGGACGAAUGUUCAACUAAAACAACAUGGAAAAAUCCACAGAUACGGGACCUCCAUUGCUACAACGCAGAUGUUAGCGCCCCUGGUGCUAUGAUGGCUCUUGGAAUGGCUUAUUUGGGUAGUGGUAAUUCCACCGUCAGUAGUUGGCUUCUUCCGCCAUCUUCUUUACGCCAGUUGGAGCUUAUUCGACCCGACUUGCUCCUGUUCCAAGCACUUGCCUAUGGUCUUGUUAACUGGAAUUCAAUAGAACCAACUCAAGAGUGGAUAGAUUCUUACAUACCGGAACAAUUGUUUGAAAGGCUCAGCGAGUCCAUUAGACCUAGACCGAAGUUACAUUCACCGAACGUCUCAGAUAUUCGUGCUACAUUGGGGCAGGCUGAUUUAUCCAGUGAAGAUGAUGUCGAGAAUCGAUGUCCUGAUCAAACAUUUACUGAUUCUUUAUACCAUGCAUAUGGACGUUCUGCAUAUAAUAGGGGCCGUCGAAGUACAUUAAGUAAUGUUCGUGGUCGACCUGUUCGACGUUCAAGGAGAUAUGAUAUAAGACAAUGGUCUGAAGAGGAAUCUAUUGUCGACAAUAUCAAAGCAGUCCCCGAAAAAAUUGAGUGCUUCGAUCAAUUUGGAUUGCACAAUAAAGAUUCAGUGGAUAUUGAAGCCAUAAGUUUGGCUUAUUUAAACAUCUUAGUUGGAUGUGCUUUAGCUAUGGGUUUACGUUAUGCUGGAACAUCGAAUUCAAAUGCAGCUAAUACAUUAUACUCGCUCGCGAGAAGUCUUUUAAACGAUACUUGGUGGCCCCCAUCAUAUUUUACUUUUAAAUCACCGUCUCAAAAUAAGCAAUGUGAUUCAGUAGAAAUAAAGACAUCUUUACCGAAGUCCACGCUAGUUGGAAGUGCAGCUCAGUGUCUUUUAGCUCUCGCUAUGAUACUUGCUGGCUCUGGCAAUCUGACUGUGCUUAAAAUGGUUCGACAACUUCGAGCAAUUCAUUUAUUCAAUUCAAAACCGGAUACUUUGAAUUCUGGACAAAGUAACAACACUGCAUCAGACUCACUCUAUCAUACUGUUACAGCCGCCGCAGCUCGUGCUGCCGCAACCACCCAAACGGUUUCCACUAGCUCAACAGGAGCGUCUGUUAGCGGUCCCGUAUCUGUGGCCUCGGUAUUUGGUGCUGCGCUUGGUCCGAGUUAUGGAUUACAAAUGCUUCUCGCUAACACCGUUGGUUUGUUGUUUCUUGGUGGAGGACGAUUAACACUAGCGAACACACCGGAAGCUGCUGCAAUGCUGGUUAUAUCCUUUUUCCCUCUUCUUCCUACAUUCGCUGGUGAUAAUUGGUAUCAUUUACAAGCUCUUCGUCAUUUUUAUGCUCUCGCUACCAUACCUCGACGCGUCUGUGCUGUAGAUGUUGAUACUGGUCGUGUUGUUCUAUCUAAUUUCGAGGCCAAACUUCGUGAAUCCGAUGUUAUAGUUUCAUCAGAAGAUACUUUUGUCUUCCCAUCUGAUGUAUUAGAAAACAUAGCUUGGCUUGAAAUCAAUCAUAAUUCCAACAAAUAUUGGCCUACUGUUUUUUAUCAUGGGACGAAUAAUUGGAAUCUCUUUAAAAUGACAUUUUAUAAAGCUGGCUAUAUUUUUGUUAAACAACGAGAUGAAGGAGAAGAGUUGAAUGUUCUGCAAUCAUGGCUCGAAGAUUGUUUGAAACAGUGGUUGGAUUUAUCCAUAUUGAAACAAUUAAAGCUGUUAGUCACUUUUUUGAAACGGUUUUCAUCAAACAAGUUGACUGUAUCAACUGGUCACGAACAUAUUGGAAAGUUAUCUCCAUCGUUAUCAUCAUGCUCUGAUUUGGGACGUAUUUUAGCUGCGCGGGUUACUCAAAACUUUAUAAAACAUAAAGAUGAGCUUUCCGUUGGUUUGAAGAAUUACUACUUUGAUGUAUCCAAUGUUACAACUAUUGUUAAUCAGCAUAAUACAUUCCAAUCCAAACUAGUGAAGGCAUUCCGAUUGUGGUUCAGUUUACCUGAUUAUACUAUUCUGUUACCUCAUUUACCUAAAGGUAAACUAGUCGUAGUGGAAUAUUUACCGGAUUCUUUUAGCGAAAUCGCACCAGUGGAAUCGGUCACUCUCAGUGUAAUUCUUUUUCCUGUCAACUUAUCCUCAGCGGCCGAGGAUAUGUUGUAAUAAAAAAAUAGAGGUAUUCAUUUUCCUGUAUCUCUGUUAACAUGCAUUUCUCAGUAACCUUCUCCAGAAUCUACACUGCAACUCAAUAAGUGUUUUUCAGUUGGAAAUGUACUGGACUUCCUCACACCCUCAUUAUAUCAGAUGACCAUAUAAGUUUCAACACUUUCUAUCGAGGUUCCCUGUUUAUCACAUAGACGUUGGUAAGACAGUACGAAGAAACUUACAGACUAAGCAUUUUUGUAAAAAUGUAGCGAAAUUUUGAUAUGUGAACUUAGUAAUGAAUGAUUUGUAUUGAAUUGUUCGCUUAUCGCGAGUAACAAAUUUUAUGGGCUUUAUUGUGCUCAAAUAGUUCUACCUGUUUUAAACUGGAAUUUCUCGAAAAUUCUUAGCAACUCAGUCCAAAUACUUUUAUUCAUCAUACUGAAUGUGCAAGGGAGCCUGUAACUGUACAGGUGGGUUUAGUUUCAAAUUCUGGCGCCUUCGAAGAUUACAUGGAAAAUUUUUAAAUCUAGAGUAUGACCAGGUAAGAUGUAAACAAGGAUUUAGUUGUGUCUCUGUGCCUACAGUUUGGCGAAAGAUUCGGCCUUUCCUUGUAGGUCUACUCCACUUCCACAUGAGACAAAAGCACUACAAACUUCGUAUGCGUGAAAGAGCAAAAUUUCAUUGGAUAAUUCAUUUAAAUGACCAGGGAGUAGGAGUUAUCCUUCAAUAGUAGAGACAGUCCACCAAGUGUUACUUUGAUGAUCACAUUCAUAUUCAGUCGAGUGAUCGAUUAAUUGCAGGAAUCAACGUACCCAAAAUGGAAAGUGGGAUUCUCCAAAUACCGAAGUGUUCUUUUCGAGAUACUGAAACUUCACUUAUUAUUAUAAGGCGGUGUAUGAAACUGACUCCAUACAAGGAGUUCGUCUACGUUACUUAGUCAUCCUAAUCUGAUGGGUUUUCAAGGUCAUAGGCGUUUAGUUAACAAGUAUCUCCCUUUUCCUGGAAAUAUUAGAAACAAUUUCAAAGCAAAAAAUGAGGUGAACGAAAGUUCGGUAACUUUGUAUCACAAUGCAGAAUUUAUUCACUUCUUUCAGGUGCAUUUUGUCAUGCUGGAUGCUACAAGUAUGGUAUAAUAUCGUACAUUUGUCAUUAGUGACAAUGGAUUAUAUAUUUUAGAUCCUUUUGCUCUAAAAGUCCUAAUAAUUACACGCUACCCUAUAUUAAAAGUUCGAAUAGUUCACUUCAUAUUCAAUGCGUUUAUUUUUUCCAGUUGUUGAUACUAGUAGUAACAUAUCCAUCAUUUCAAUUUUAACAUUGAAGCCAAUAAAUCACAACACUAAUUUAACCUAAUAAAAUUUUCGUUUCGAGUAUUACUGAUCAGUAACUUUCUAUUAUUGAGUGUUGUAAUUUGCUGAAUCGAGAUGAUAAAUAUUCGGUUAUAACCAUGGGUCUGUAAGAUUUAGAACGGAUUGAGAAAAACUUCCCUAAUUGAUGAGUGACGGUUGUAAUGUAAUGCUUGAUAACUUGUCAACGAUAGAGUCGAAGCGCGAAGUGUAGCGCACAAAUUCAAAGAUCUCUUAUUCAUAUACUAAGUAGGGAUUGCUAUGUACUGGAUUGGGUGCUGUUUGCGAAUCCCAAAUAUAAUACAUUCAUUUGUACUUAACUAGUACUGUCUGCUUUAAGCUGGACCAUUCCGAAAAUUCUUAGUUGGCAAGUCAGUCUUCAAAUACUUUUAAUUAUCAGCGUAUCCCUAUUGUGCAGAAGUUUCCGUUCAUCUGUAGUUAUUUAUUUAUCUGUCGUAUUUUUGCUCUUCACUUUUCUUUAGAAUGUGGUUCCAUUUAUUUUACUGCUGGUAAGUGUAUGGCAUCUUAGGAUCGAUUUCGCACGUGUAGUUCUCGAAUAAUUAUGAACAGUUUUACCGAGUGACUGAUCACCAGAAUGAAUGGAGGAAUACUUGCCACAAUCUACAAUAUUAGCAAUAGUACAUGCACUAGUCAAAUAAACCUGAAUAAAUGUAUUUCACUUCAGUGUAUAGUUCACACGUCGCCCGAGUAUACGAAUUCAUUUGAGGAGUUACAUAAAAUCUGUUUAGAAAAUCGUAUUCGAUGUAAAAAAAUUACUGUUUAAAGAGUAAAGCAAUACAAAAUAUUGGAAAAUGUCUUGGAUGUUCCGAUUACGAAUAUUUAUACUUAAAGAUCAAGAAUUAUGGAAGAAGGCGGGAUUUAUACAUUGUAUAGUACUUAAGAACAUUAAAAUUUACCGACAAGCAAAAAAUGACUGAUCGUGAGAAUUAUCAUCUAGUUUAAUAUUCAUGUUGGUGUGUGUCUAUUCAGUUCAGUAUCACAGUAAACAAUUAAAAAAAUAUUUAUAACCUUGAGAUGAAUAUACGGUAAACAGUGAAACGUGAUGGAAUGAAAAUAGCUUUUAUUUAAUGUGAAAUUCAUAUAAAAGUCAAACAACGUAAGGAUGUUUUCGUAAGGCUAAAAAAUCACUAUCUCCAAAUUUGGCCAUUGGCCUUUAGACUCCAGAGGCUUUUAAGAUAUUAACAGACUUCAAAAUAUAUAUUUACUGAUUUGGCGUCGAAGCUACUAAUUUUCUAUCAAAAUUAUAUAUGAUUAACUUGUCGAAAAUACCAUUGAAUAAUAUUCUGGGUGAUUGAAUUCCAAUCUAGCAUUUGAAAAACUAUGAUGAUAUUGUUUGGAGUUUGCGAUGCAAUAUCCACAUUCAUAUAUUGGCCGUUUGGAUCUUCCAAUUGACUAGCCGAUCUUUCUCAGCAUACACGGAUCCUGUGAGGACUGUUUCGAAAUGUACGUUCUAUUAUCAGAUGUAUUCUAUUCAAAAAAACUUUCACUUUUAUGGACCUAAGUUACUGUCUAAUUGAACACUUAACAUUUGAAAAUGCAAAUGAGAGACAAUAGAUUUACUGUUCACUCAGUUAUUGUCUGUGCCAAAAGUGAAUAAUGUGCUUACUUAAUUUCUUUAUCAACUCCCGCAAGUAAAAUAUUGCGUUUAAAAUCUAAACGAAAACACGUUAUUGGACCAUUUGCAUUCAGGGUUAAUCGACAUAUUUCUCCUUCGUUCACUGUUUUCUAAAUGAAAAAAAAAUGAGGAUGUUACUUUAUCAAAAAAUAACUUAACUUUAAUGUACAAAUUCCGUAAAAUCAUGAACUUUGACAAUUAGCCAUCAAAUGUUUUUUAGUUUAUUCGAACACUGCCAUAAAAUUUUUGAAGUGAUAAUAAUACGAGUUUAUUUGUAUGACAAACUAAAAAUCCGACUGGCAAAAAUUAGGAAAAAAACUGAUACACUUAGUCAUUAAAUGAAUUAUUAAUGAAGAAGAAUGCUUCCUACGAAAUCAUUGUUUACCAACUCUUUUUUUGUCAUCAAAGUGUUUCUUAUUCUACGAGGACAAUAAUGUAUAAGAGUUUUGUUAAUGUUUGUAACUAUAACAGCCAUAACAUUUUUCCUGAAUGAUAUUUCUACACAACUUUGGACAUUUCCUAAUUGAUUUUUACCACGUUGGUAAUUUUCUUUCUUCACAAGGCUACAUGGUGUCUGAAUAUAAACCUAUCCUGAAAGUACCAUAUAUAUAUAUUAACAGCCAUACAUUAAUUUCCGUUCUUAUUAAAAGAAGUCUCAAUUGUUUGUAGUUAAACAUUUUAGCAGAGGCACCAGCAAACCAAAGUCUCAACCAUGAAUUCAACUAUUUGCACAGUACAAUUACUUUAAAAUAUUCAGAUAAGUAACGGUUGUUUUCUAAAAAUUUAUAUUUUAUAGUUUUCUGUAGUUUGUCUCAUAUUGUUUCUACCUGUACAACCUUUGCAUAAGCACCAAGUGAAGAUUAUCCAUUACUCGGGGCAUCAACAGUGUGUCGAGGAAAUUUCGGACAAAAUAGUAUAACUGUGAUAAUUGGAAAGUAGUGGCAGAAUUAUCUUAGAUCCUAAACUGGAAAAAACAUCUGGAC